CUCCCGCAGCCCCGGCGUCGCCCCGCGCGCCCUGCCCCGGGGCCAUGGGGGAGCCCCCGGGCUACCGACCCUCGGCCUGGGUGCAUCUGCUACAUCAGCUGCCCCGCGCCGACUUCCAGCUCCGUCCGGUGCCCAGCGGCUUCGCGCCCCAAGAGCAGGAAUACCAGCAGGCCCUGUUGCUGGUGGCGGCCUUGGCCGGCCUGGGGCUGGGCCUCAGCCUCAUUCUCAUUGCUGCCUACCUCAUCCGCGUCUGCUGCUGCCGGCCCCCCGAGCCUCCCGGCGCCAAGAGCCCCCCGCCCGGGGGCGGCUGCGUCACCUGGAGCUGCAUCGCUGCCCUUCUCGUCGGCUGCGCUGGCAUUGGCAUCGGUUUCUAUGGCAACAGCGAGACCAGUGAUGGGGUGGCCCAGCUCAGCUCCGCACUGGUGCACGCCAACCACACGCUCAGCGCCAUUGACCACCUGGUGCUGGAGACGGUGGAGAGGCUGGGCGAGGCCGUGAGGACGGAGCUGACCGCCCUGGAGGAGGUGCUCACGCAGCGCACGGAGCUGGUGGCGGCCGCCCGAGGGGCUCGGAGGCAGGCGGAGGCUGUGGCCCAGCAGCUCCAGGGGCUGGCCUUCUGGCAGGGGGUGCCACUGAGCCCCCUGCAGGUGGCCGAAGAUGUGUCCUUUGUGGAGGAAUACAGGUGGCUGGCCUACGUCCUCCUGCUGCUCCUGGAGCUCCUGGUCUGCCUCUUCAUCCUCCUGGGCCUGGCAAAGCAGAGCAGGUGGCUGGUGAUCGUGAUGACCGUGAUGAGUCUUGUGGUCCUUGUCCUGAGCUGGGGCUCCCUGGGCCUGGAGGCAGCUACAGCCGUGGGCCUCAGUGACUUCUGCUCCAGCCCAGACACCUACGUCCUCAACCUGACCCAGGAGGAGACUGGGCUUGGCUCAGACAUCCUGAACUAUUAUUUCCUCUGCAACCAGGCCGUCUCCAACCCCUUUCAACAGAGGCUGACGCUGUCCCAGCGAGCUCUGGCCAACAUCCACUCCCAGCUGCAAGGCCUGGAGCGAGAGGCUGUGCCCCAGUUCCCUUCCGCGCAGAAACCUCUGCUGUCCCUGGAGGAGACAUUGAAUGUGACUGAAGGAAACUUCCACCAGCUGGUGGCCCUACUGCACUGUCGAGGCUUGCACAAGGAUUAUGGAGCAGCCCUGCGCGGCCUGUGCGAAGACGCCCUGGAAGGUCUGCUCUUCCUGCUGCUCUUCUCCCUCCUGUCGGCAGGAGCCCUGGCCACUGCCCUCUGCAGCCUGCCUCGCGCCUGGGCCCUGUUCCCACCCAGUGACGACUACGAUGACACAGACGAUGACGACCCUUUCAACCCUCAGGAAUCCAAGCGCUUCGUGCAGUGGCAGUCAUCUAUCUGAGCCCCUGCUCCACCUCCGACUGGAGCCGGUCCCCCCUCCCUGUUCCUUCCCUGGCAGCCAGAGGAGACCCCACUAACCCAGCCUCACUGGGCUCCCACCACUAACAACAGCCCUGGCCGCGGACACCCCAGACAGGACUGCCUUCCUGCCCUGCCCCCUCUCCGCACCCUCAGCCCUGGGAGAAGGCUGAGGGCAGGCCAGGGCCGGGGCUGGCCGUGAGGGGGCCCCUCCUCCUCGGCCGGCCGCCAGGGCCAUCCUUGAAGAGGCCUGCGUGCCCUCCCUCUCACCAUGCACUGGUGGGCUCGGGGGUCCUGCUCUCCACCUGUGGCACUAACUUGGGAAUGGGUUGAUUUGAAAUAA